AUGAGGGAAUUAGUCUUGAAACAUCUGAUUAUUUCCACUUUCUGUAAUUUGGAGGGAGAUUCUGGUGAAGUGGCCAGGCUCGGCAGGGAUCGGCAUCCCCCGGGGGUCUGUAGCUCGGCUGCCCGGGGGCUCAAGUACCACUCCUACGGGCUGCUCGGGACCAGCACAGAGAGAUCCAUCACUGCCGACCACCCACCAGGAAAAAUGCCCAAGCCAGUCACGAUCACCAUCCCGUCCCGCUUGGCACGAAGGACAGUCAGCUCGCCUAGUUUGGCAGUCGCACAGGCUCGCUCGAGGUCUCUCUAUCGGGACUGGUAUCGGGCAGCACCGGAGAUCUGCAAGCUCUAUGCACUCGACGUACCCUACCCGACCCUGAGGGCUAAGAUCAGACAGAUCUUCGACCGCUACUCGCUCGUCAAAGACGUCCAAGCUAUCGAUGUGCUCAUCGCCAAGUCUCACAUGGAGUAUCAGGAGUUCGUCAACGUCUGGAAGAUGCCCUCUCAGGUGAUGCGAUAUUUCGAGUCCGAACAGGCUCCCCCGGUCCCGAACUCGUUUAUGGAGAAAUUCCUAGCUGGAAAGGACGAUAAUGCUGUCUUACCAGGAGCAUGAUCAUCUUGCUACGGAUCUCUCAAAAAAUAUUGUUGGAUGUCCGGGGAGAGAAUUAUACACCACCGAUUGACUUUCAGCCGACUUACACACGCCUCUCUCGAUUAUCAGUCAAAUCCUACAAGAUCCCUAGCACCGGUAGAACUUCUUGAGCAAGGGCCAUUUGAUGCUAUGUAGUCUGAUGAGCCAUACAGCUGCCCAAAACCGUUCUCCCUUACCUCUUUCCCCUCGGGCCCGCCUAUAGAUAGUUGUCUUCGCGAGUCUAUCAUCUCUCAAUCCAGAGUGUAAUUUUAAUGAUUUUUUUCUUUUCCUAAUUGAGAAUUUGGAGCUUCCAACUCGAGGUAGUCCAAGACCUGACCACAUCUGGGCCCAUCAUCCGAGACUUUUGUUUCCUUGUG